AUGGCCUCCCAAACAACAGACAUCAUCACCAUCAUCCUUGCAUUCCUCAGUCUCGGUCUAUCCAUAGCAGGAGUCAUCAUUGCCUACCACAGCUUGAAAGCUCUAUCAACAAACAUCCUCAAUACUUCCACCAUCCUCCCUGUCCAUCAAAUACCACGACGACCAUACCAUCCAUAUGCGACUGGUUAUAUCCAUUACCUCCACGAUCCAUAUCUAAGACGUGUCGUUCAGACUGCGUAUAGGUCACGGCAGAGGAUUUUGGAGGUUGAUGGUAGUGAUGAGAGUGUCGAUGGAGCAAUCAUGGAAUUGACGCCUGUGCGGAGGGGAGGGAGGGUGAUAUCAGAUACUUCAAAUGAAGAUGAUGGUAUGUCAUGA